AUGCCUGAGCCGUUAUCUUCCCUGUCGCCCGCCAAGCAGAACUCCAGGUCCUCCCCUGUCAAGCUCGAUUCUCCCCAGAAGCCUCUUCCAGAAGCUCUUAAAUCUCCUAGCAUUAUGACCACCACUACCCUUGCGCAGUCCACCUCGAUUGAUCCUACCACUAUUUCUCUUCCUGCCAUGGACGUUCCUAUCUCGUCCCCUACGCUUUCUAGUCAACCUUCCAGUCCCAGGAAGCCACUGUCGCCCAUCAAAUACCGCCUACAAGACGAAUCAAAAGUCGAUAGCUCUCCCCCCGGCUCUCCUGCUGAACCCACAGUUCGUUUCAAUGAAGGCCUCACGCGAGCAAUCCACGCGAUGCAGAAGGACGUGGAUGCGCAAGAUGGUUGUUUAGACGAGUCAAUAAUACACCACACUGUCGACGACACGGUCGACGUAUCCACGGAAUGCGAAACCACUGCCAAGGAUGCAUCCGAUACUAUGACCUUGACUCUGAGUCUGGGUGACAAGACUAUGCACGAUGACACAAUUGGAGAUCUGAGCACUAUCUCUGCCAUCCCCACAGACCUGACCAGAUUCGCCAACCUGAGAGAUACACCGUCCCAAUCCCGGCCAGAGCCUUGGUCGCCGUCAAAACAACUCAGACCCUCCGUCAUCACCAGCACUCCUGGUACUGCUCAACGUCCCUUACGUCUGCUGUCUGCAUCCCGGCGGAGCAUUUCAUCAAACGAGGAGGAUGAGGCGACGCCCCGAAGAAACACUUAUUUCAACGACUCCCCAACAGACCUCAUGAAUUUCACGGGCCAAACGAACAUUUUAAUGCCACCUCCUGGCUCCGUGCAGCGUCCCAGAAGGAGUCCCUCCGGGAGGAAAGGAUUCCCGAUCAAAGUCAACCCCAGCCCGGUACAUCGAUCGCAGGCUUCCGUGGAUCGCGAGCGAGCCUCAGGCCGUUCUCCACAAAAGCAAGAUCAAGCUCUGUUCGGGGACAAACCCAUCCCAUCAACACCAGCGAGCCAGAGGCACAGCAUGUAUGGUGCAACUACCGGGCUAGGAAUGGAUCUCUUGGAUAUCGACCUUGAACCGAUGGCUACACCACGUUCCAUUCCCACCAUCACGCCUCGAGAGCUCGAAACCCUUCGAUCCGAACUCCAGUCUCGAAUCUCAGGCCUCGAAGCGACUCUCUCAGGAAAGGAGGCGGAGGUGAUGGCUUUGAAAAGGGCCGUCACUGAUGCGGAAGUGCGAGUGGGAAAGACCAGUGAGGAGCUCCGAAACGAGCGUGCCUCUCGGGAAGAGCUGGAACAUGCAAAGGAAGAGCUGGAGCGCCGCAGUCGAGAGAUGGAGGGGGUCCUUAGGGAGGCCGAGGAAGCCGAGCGAAAGGCAGAAGAGCAUGAAGUGCGGAUCCUGGAGCUUCAAGCCUCUCUUGACACCUUGCGCUCUGACCGUGUCAAGUGCACGCCUAGCCCCGAGAAGACGAGCGCCCCCGCAACCCCCGGGUUGAGCACCGACAUCGAUUUUGCUGUCAAGGAUGCAACAGAGAAGGUGGCUCGCGAGUUGCAUGCGCUGUACAAGAGCAAGCACGAGCGUAAAGUGGCAGACCUCAAGGUCAGCUACGAGAAAAGAUGGAUCAAGCAAGUCGAGCAACUUCGAAUGGAGCUCAAGGCGUCUCAGGAGGAAGUGCUCAAGCUGCAAACGGAGAAAGAGGCAACCAUGAGCGGCAUUAUCCCGGGUCAAAGUGAAGCUAUUUCCAAGAUGGAGGGCCAGAUUGAAGAGCUUCGGCGGUGGAACGAGGAGACCAACGCUGAGAAGAAAAUGCUCGAGGCCGAGGCAGCAGGGCUUCGUGGUCAGGUCGAUUCACUUGCUGCUGAAACCGACUCACUACGGAAGGAGAUUGAGCAAGAAAGGGUUGAGAAGGGUGAAUUGGUUGCCCAGGUAGAUCUAUUUCUGACGAUCAGUGCUCAGCAAGAGGAGCAGCGUGCCAUACAACAACCACAACAGCCCGUGAGUCCACCUCGGAGUGAGGAUGGAAAUGGGCGACCGAAUUCAGCAUCCGCAUUAGCCAGCCCGAACAGAUUCAAGAGCAGCACAAACGGUGGAGAGGCCAGGACAGCUUUGCCAGGACGACCACGACCAGUAAGCAUGCUGCAAAAGCCCACGGCUGGGAAAUACUCGGGCAUUCCAGCCCCUGGGUCGGGCCUCAAGGCACCGUCAAGCAACAGCAAAGCGAGUGGAUAUGGAGGCCGCAUCCUGGAGGGUAUUGCCCGCAUGGGAGCAGGUGGGAGAUAG